AUGCUCGUAGGAACAUCGGGACUCGAUACUUUGGUUGCAAGGAAGAGAUCUCUGCUGGAAACAGUGAAGGAGACAGAAACAUUCAAGGUUGCCAAAGAAAUCUUGGAAAAGUACGACCAGGAAAGUCCCAAGUCUGCAUCUCAACCCUCUAGUCCGAUUCCUGAGAGGCGUUCACUUCCUAUAAAUCGAAUUGAUCAAUUCCAAACUCCUACACAAGACAAGGGUCCUGUCGGUCCCUUCAUGAGCGGCCCUCCACGCCCUCCCAUAAGGAAGUUAUUGACGAAGAGCUCAGAGAAUAUUACUGCUAUUGAGGGUGCUGCGGUAAAACCAAUAGCGGUAUCGCGUAUUAAUCCUAUCCGCCCAUUUCAACGAGAAGGUACCACAGUAAUCGAUAAAAUGGUUGACUACUUCUUUGGGGAUGGACCUGGUCAAAGGAAUGCUCUAAUAUGUUCAAGUUGUCAUGGACAUAACGGAAUGGCGCUUCCAGCUGAAUUUGAUUAUCUCGCCUAUGUGUGCUACAUUUGUGGACACUUUAAUCCUGCUAGGAAGUUCAGGUAUGGGCAGUAUUCGUUUGAGAAUUGA